CUUCCUUCUUCCUCCUCACGCCCUUCGCAGAUCGAAAGAGAGAGAGAGAGAGAGCGUCGCCGUCUCCGAUCCGAGAUCCGAUCUCUCUCUAGAAUCCCCAGAUCCGGCGUCGCCGCCGCCGCCGCCGCCGCCGCCGCCGCCGCAUGGCGAUCCCCGCCGCGCUCCGCCUCGCGGUCCUCCUCGGCGUCGUCCUAUCGGCGGUGGUCGCCGAGAUCCGGUUCUCCGAGAUCCGAUCCGACGGCCGGGGCAUCAUCCUGCUCGACGAGUUCGGGUUCACCCACCGGGGCCGGCUCGAGCUCAACGUCUCCGGCGUCGCGCUGUCGAAGACCGGGCUCGACCUCGCCGGCGUCGGGUUCUUCCUCUGCACCCGGGACUCGUGGUUCAACGUGCGGAAGCAGCUCGAGGACGGGGAGAUCACCUGCGCCCUCCAGUCCGACUCCGUCAGGCAAGUCCUCACCUUCGACAAGCUGGGGCAGAAGACGAGGUACGAUACGGAGUACAAGCAGGACGACGCGAACCAGUACGCGCUCGUCUUCGCCAACUGCCUGCAGGAGCAGCAGCUCCGGGUGUCCAUGGACGUCCGGUCCGCGACGUACAACCUCGACGGGAAGAGCGGCCGGAGGGACUACCUCUCCGCAGGCAAGACCGUCCUCCCCCGGGUUUACUUCCUGUUCUCGUUGAUUUACUUCGUGCUCGCUGGUCUCUGGGUCUACUUCUUGUAUAAGAAACGGUUGACCGCGUUUAAGAUCCAUUUCUUCAUGCUGGCGGUCCUGAUACUGAAGGGUUUGAAUUUGUUGUGUGAGGCGGAGGAUAAGUCGUACAUUAAGCGGACGGGGAGCGCGCAUGGAUGGGAUGUGCUGUUCUAUAUAUUCAGCUUCUUGAAGGGGAUCUCCCUCUUCACUUUGAUCGUGCUGAUCGGCACUGGGUGGUCCUUUUUGAAGCCUUACUUGCAGGACAAGGAGAAGAAGGUUUUGAUGAUCGUUAUCCCGCUCCAGGUUGUUGCGAAUAUCGCUCAGGUAGUGAUCGAUGAGACCGGGCCUUUCAGUCAGGACUGGUUCACUUGGAAGCAGGUGUUUUUGCUUGUCGAUGUGGUUUGCUGUUGUGCGGUUUUGUUCCCGAUUGUCUGGUCGAUUAAGAACUUGCGUGAGGCUGCCAGAACUGAUGGGAAGGCGGCAGUGAACUUGAUGAAGUUGACUUUGUUUAGGCAGUAUUACAUUGUGGUUAUAUGCUAUAUCUACUUCACGCGCGUAGUGGUGUAUGCGUUGGAGACCAUUACUUCGUAUAAGUAUCUCUGGACGAGCGUAGUGGCUGCAGAGUUGGCGACACUGGCAUUCUAUGUGUUUACUGGGUACAAGUUCAGGCCCGAGGCUCAUAAUCCUUAUUUUGCUAUUGAUGAUGAGGAAGAAGAGGCAGCAGCUGAAGCUUUGAAGCUUGAAGACGAGUUUGAAUUGUAAGCGACAAAUUAAGGGCUUUCGAGCGGUGAAGCAGCUGGCAUAGUGGUUGAUUUGGGAUAUUUGAGGUAGACAUUUAAGUGUUCUGAAUAUUUCAUAGUCUAAAUCAUAUUAGGCAUGCUUGUGUAUUAAAAAUGCGUUUUUUUUCUGCUUUCCUGUUUCCAUACUUGUAAGAUGGUACAUAUUGUCAAAUUUACAUCUGCCCAUUGGAUGAUAUUGUAAGUCAUGAUACUAAAUUUUGCAAUAAUUUUGUGGAGCAGUUAUAUGUGCAUUUCUUCUUUGCUCA